AUGAACAGGCCAACCUUUAAAGGUCUCAAUCAAGAAGCUCUUUUGGCUUUUAUAGAGAUGCACUCAUUGAGUAUUAGGUGUAAUGAGUUCACAUUCCUUAGUAUCCUCAAAGCUUGCUCCAUGAAGAAGGAAACAGAUACAUGGAAUUGUGGUGGUGACCAGUUUGAAAAUGAUGUUUAUGUUGCAAAUAUUAUGCCCUAUUGUUUAAAGCUUUUGGAACGAGGGUCGUUCCAUAAAAGUGAAAAUUAUGAAAGCUUGAAGGUAAUUGCACCCGAAAAUUUAAGAGAUACAUAUGAAUGUGCAAUCGGUGAUUUUGGCGUUCCUCGAUAUGAAGGAACAUUAAGCGGCUUAGUUGUAUAUCCAAAAUUCAAUCAACUCGCUUGCAACAACUUCACUGAUCAUAUCCCUUUGAUAUCAAAGAAACCCGGUAGCCUCCCCGUUUUUCUUCUUGCAGAUCGUGGUGAUUGUUACUUAACGUUGAAGGCAUGGAAUGCACAAAACGCAGGGGCUUCAGCCAUUCUAGUUGCAGAUUACUGGCGUAGAGACUUGAUCGCCAUGGAUUUUCCCAAAGAUGAAGAAGGAGAAGAGCCUCCUUACGUACAAAACAUAACCAUCCCAUCAAUACUCAUAAGCAACUCACUUGGGGUUUCAAUCAAGAAAGCUUUAGAAAACAAUGGUCUUGUUUUUGUAAAUCUUGAUCGGAGAGAAGCUCUCCCUUACGCUGAUGAAAGGGUCGAAUACGAGCUUUGGACAAAUAGCAAUGAUGAGUGUGGGCCCAAGUGUGAUACCCAAAUAGAUUUUGUUAAAAGCUUUAAAGGAGUUGCUCAAAUACUUGAGAGAAAAGGGUACACUCGAUUCACACCACAUUAUAUCACAUGGUUUUGCCCUGAGGAGUAUGUUUCAAGCACAAAGUGCAAGUCUCAGUGUAUCAACCAUGGAAGAUAUUGUGCUCCAGAUGUAGAGCAUGAGUUUAGUAAAGGGUAUGAAGGGAAAGAUGUUGUUGUUCAAAAUUUACGCCAUGCUUGUUUUUAUAAAGUAGUGAAUGAAAGUGGAAAACCGUGGGUUUGGUGGGAUUUUAUGACAGAUUUUGCUACAAAUUGCUCAAUGAAGGAGCAUAAAUUCACAAAAGAUUGUGCGGAUGAAGUUAUCAAGUCACUUGGAGUUGAUCUCAAGAAAAUUGAUGAAUGCAUGGGUGAUCCAGAAGCAGAUGCUGAAAAUGCAGUCCUCAAGGCUGAGCAACAAGCACAGAUAGAGAAAGGUAUUCGUGGGGAUGUGAUGAUCCUUCCAACUCUUGUAAUAAACAACAGAGAAUAUGGAGAUAAACUUGAUAAAAAAACAGUUCUGAAAGCCAUCUGUUCAGGAUUUGAAGAGACCACAGAGCCAUUAAUUUGUUUAAGUUAUGGUAAAGAUGUUGCUGGAAGCGCUGGGUGGAGUUUUGCAUGGAGUGUUGUUUUUGGUGUGGCAGCUAUUGGAAUUGUUGGAUAUACGUUCUACAAAUAUAGAGUUCGAAGAUACAUGGACUCGGAGAUCAGAGCUAUCAUGUCACAGUAUAUGCCAUUGGAUGAUGAAGGGGAGGUUCCUGUUCAUGGAUCUCAUGGAGAAAUCUAAGCAGC